CCUACCUUGCCAGCUAUCAAUCGUGUCAUGCUAGUCGGAGACGAUAAUCAAUUCGUCCCGCCUCGGUCACUCCAAGUAUCCACCACCAGUGAACUCUUGGCCUGUAUUUAUCCUUUUCGGACUUGCACUAGGUCAACUAGCCAUGUAUAUGGACGACCUCGCUUGUCGCUAUGGGUUCAUAUCAAAUGACAAUGAAUCGAAGCAAAAUGACACCACGCAGUGGGCGCUUGAAUUUUCCGUCAACUCUGGCAAUGCUCCUUUUACCAUGCCUCGAACGCGGAUAUCUCGACGCUCAACUGGAGAUGUCAACAUACUUUCGAAACUCUCGAUUUUACCGCUGGUCAUUAACCUUCGCAAUGCUCUAAUUGGUCUACUUCAACUUGGUACGCAAGGACAGGGCUAUACACAAUAUUUGAUGUUGGGAUGUUCCUCGAAAACGGCCCAGACAGGGCGCCAUAAUGUAUCAGAAACAGAACCGCUGCGAGCCCUCCCUAAUACUCCCUCCACUUCCCGGACGAUUGUCCUGUCAUCUUAGUCUACCUGGUGGGCAACAAUGCAGCU